AUGUCCAACAGCAGCUCCAUCAGCCACUUCCUCCUGCUGGCAUUGGCAGACACGCGGCAGCUGCAGCUCCUGCACUUCUGCCUCUUGCUGGGCAUCUCCCUGGCUGCCCUCCUGGGCAACGGCCUCAUCAUCAGCGCUGUAGCCUGCGGCCACCACCUGCACACGCCCAUGUUCUUCUUCCUGCUCAACCUGGCCCUCAGCGACCUGGGCUCCAUCUGCACCACUGUCCCCAAAGCCAUGCACAAUUCCCUCUGGGACACCACGACCAUCUCCUGCACAGGAUGUGCUGCACAGCUCUUCUUCUUUUUUUUCUUCAUCUCAGCAGACUAUUUCCUCCUGACCAUCAUGUGCUACGACCGCUACGUGUCCAUCUGCAAACCCCUGCACUACGGGACCCUCCUGGGCAGCAGAGCUUGUGCCCACAUGGCAGCAGCUGCCUGGGCCAGUGCCUUUCUCUAUUCACUGCUGCACACAGCCAAUACAUUUUCCCUGCCCCUGUGCCAUGGCAAUGCCCUGGGCCAGUUCUUCUGUGAAAUCCCACACAUCCUCAAACUCUCCUGCUCCAAAUACUACUUCAGGGAAAUUGGGCUAAUUGCUUUUAGUGCUUGUUUAGCAUUUGGUUGUUUUGUGUUCAUUGUUUUCUCCUAUGUGCAGAUCUUCCUGGCUGUGCUCAGGAUCCCCUCUGAGCAGGGACGGCACAAAGCCUUUUCCACCUGCCUCCCUCACCUGGCUGUGGUCUCUCUGUUCCUCAGCACUGCAGUGUUUGCCUACCUGAAGCCUCCCUCGAUCUCCUCCCCAUCCCUGGAUCUGGCCCUGUCAGUUCUGUAUGCGGUGGUGGCUCCAGCCCUGAACCCCCUCAUCUACAGCCUGAGGAACCAGGAGCUCAAGGCUGCAAUCAGCCAGACCUACCUGUUCCACGUUCACUCGGUUCCAUGGGGUCCCACACUGUCCCAGUGGUCCUUUGCUUCCAUGAGGCCCUGAGGUGUCAUAAUGCCCCCUUGGUGACACCAGGCCCUGAAGGGUCCUAAUGGUCUCCAUGGUUCCAUCAGGCCCCACAGAGUCAUAAUGGUCUCUGGGGUCCAUGAAGCCCUGGUGUGUCACCAUGGCCCCUUGGUUCCAUGGGCUCCAGUGGUGCCACAAUGAUCCCCUUGGUUUCAUGAGGUCCCCACAGUGUCCCAGGGAUCUCCAUGGGAAGGAAAGAACCCAGCCCCAGUGUUGCAGGGGCCGUCACCAGAGGCCAUGGCCAGCCAGACUUGACAGUACUGGCAGAUUUUGCCUGGGAGCAACCCUUGGAUGUAUGGAAUUUUAGAGGUGGAAUCCCAAUUUCAGACAUGGACACCCAGAGAAGGAUGGUUCUGUUCCAUAGGAAGGAAAGCAUGGAACUCCAGUGUUUCAGGGCAGAUGAAAAUCGGCCAUCAGAGGCCUAGGCCAGCCACACCUCUCUGUCCUGGUAGCUUUUGUCUGAAAGGAACCCUUGGAUAUAGGGAAUUUGGGAGACGGAAACCAAAUUUUGGCCACUUCUGUGUAGAUAAGAUAGAUCAUUCUUUUCCAUAGGAAGGAAAGCCCAGAGCCCAUAUGUUUCAAAGGCAGAAGAGGAGAGAGGUGGCUCCUGGAAUGGUAUUAAUGAUAUCCUCAGGCCAGGUCUUAUGAGCUCUUGGGGACCUAUAUUACACCAAAGAUAGUUCAGCCACCUCAGAUGGCAUAAAAUCAGCAUGAUGGCUUCAGUGGUAGUGUUGGAAACAGAAAGGUUUUUAAAAAAGAUAAAAUAACAAAGGUCUUUACAGAGAAAACCUAAGCCAGCGGCAAGAAGCUCUUGCUUCCGGUAAAAACCCCACAAAAGUGUUUAGUUCCUUUUUUCCACUUUUUCUAGUAAAUUGUUUAGGAAGGACCUUUUGGCUUCUGUCCAGUUAUCUAUCCUUAAGUUUGAAGUAAAGUCCCAAAAGUCCUAUGAGAUGUCUUUUUACCAAAGUGAGGAGAGAAACUUCUGGGCUUUUCCCUUUUUAAGGAGACAAGGAUAAUUUGGUUACUCCGUCAACAGGGGGCACAUUCCUACACUGGGAGGCCAAGCCUGCCAGACCUGUUUGUCCCGGCAGCUUUUAUCAUGGAGGAAUCCUUGGUUAUAUUGAAUUUGGGACGAGGAAUCUCAAUUUUGACCAUGGACACCUUGAGAAAAAGGAUGGUUCUUUUCCAUUGGAACAAAAGCACCAAUGUUUCAAAAGCAGGUGAGAGGCAGCCACCAAGAGGCCAAGGGCAGCCAGACCUGUCUGUCCUGGCAGCUUUCACUGGGGAGAAAUCCUUGUAUGUAUGGAAUUUUGGAGUGGAAUCCCAGUUUUGGCCAUGGGCACCUGGUCAAGAUGGAUAGUUUUUUUCCUAUAGGAAAGAGAAGUGCGAAGUCCAAGUGUUCUGGAAGAAGAUGAGAGGUGGCCACCUUCAGGCCAAGCCAGCGAGACCUGUCUCUCCUGGCACCUUUCAUCUAGGGGCUAUCCUUGGACAUAGGGCAUUUUGGAGGUGGAAUCUCAGUUUUGGCCAUGGCUGCCUGGACAGGAAGAAGAGAUCUUUUCAUUAGGAAGGAAAGCGCAGAGCCCCAGUGUUUCAGAGGCAGAUGAGUGACAGCCCUCAGGAAGCCAGACUAGUCAGCCCUGGCAGCUUUUGUCUGGGAGUUAUCCUUGGAUAUAGGAAAUUCUGGAGGCAGAUCCCCAAUUUUGGCCAUGUGUGCCUGGUCAAGAUGGAUGGUUUUAUCCGAUAAGAAAGAAAAGCACAUGAUCCCAGUGUUUCAAAGACAGAUGAGAGGUGGCCCCUGGAUGGCCAAGGCAGCCAGACCUGUUACUCCUGGCGGAUUUCAUCUGGAAACAAUCUUUGUGUAUAAGGAAAUUUGGAGGAGGAAUCCCAGUUUUGACAAUGGGGCCCUGGAGGAGAAGGACAGUUGUCUCCCCUAGGAAGGAAAGCCCAGAGCCCCAGUGUUUCAGGGGCAGAUGAGAAGCAGCCCUCUACAUGCCAAGGUCAGCUGGACCUGUCAGGUGGUCUCCAGGAGGCCCAGCCAGCCAGACCUGUUCCAUGUUCCCUUGGUUUCGUGGGACCCCACAGUGUCACAAUGGUCUCCUUGGUUCCAUGAGGCCCUGGAGUGUCACAAUGUUCCCCUUUCUUCUGCAGUGUCACAAUGGCCCCAUGUUUCCAUGAGGCCUUGCAAUGUCACAAUGGCUUCGUGGUUCCACAAAGCCCUGAUGUGUCACCAUGGACCCUUGGCUCCAUGCGCCCUCGCUGGGUCACAAUGGCUCCUCUGUGACACUGCGGGCUCCACAAGGUCACCAUGGACCCUUGGCUCCUUGGGGCCCCUGAGUUUCACAAUGGAGACCCUCCUGGAUUGCCAAGCAGAUUGUAUUCUCUUUGCCAUCUGUAUGGCAGUUGUCUUCUGUUAAGUGGGCAGUUUUCCUUAUCUCUUCCACACCCACUCCUUCCUCAGGACAGACAUCUGCUGAUAACAAGUUAUUGAAUGUCACUGCAUGACUGAUAAGAACUACAGCAUCCCAUUGGGAGAUAAUCUGCCCAGAGGGGAGAGCCAAGCAUUCCUACCCAGAUAUAAUCUUAAAAAUUCUGGAACACCAGCAUGGCUUUCUCCACUGGAUUUCCCAGAGGAACAGCAGCUGCCUCUUCCACUGGAUCUUCAGAGGAAGACUACACCUUUCUACAGGAUCCCUGCUCCAGCAGAACCACACCUGACACUCCAGGAGGACUGCAGCCACCAUUCCAACUGGACUGCUACCAACACCCUGACCAACAGGGUGUCAGGUUGUGUUCUGACUCUGUCAGUGUUGUCUUGGUUUACUGCAUUGUUUAUUUUAUAUUUUUAUUGUUUCCCUAAUAAAGAACUGUUAUUCCUGCUCCCA